AAGAGACCCCCUAUAGAAUUAUUAGUUAAAUUGAACCUAUUCCAAGCAUAUCCCCUUGUUACAAUGGACGUCUAUCCGAUAUCUGGUCCCGCAAGGUAAUCCUUCUUACGGGCCUGGCCAUAUUCUUCAUCGGGUCGUUGGCAGCGUCGCUUGCGCAGACGGCCACGCAGUUGAUCGUUUUUCGUUGCUUCACCGGCAUUGGAGGCGGUGGGUUGAUGACCGUCGCCCAGCUCAUUGUUUCGGAUAUUGUUCCCCUACGCCAACGCGGGAAGUACCAAGGAAUUCUGGGUGCGGUCGUAGCUCUAGCGAACGGAAUAGGGCCAGUCAUUGGCGGUGCCCUCUCCUCUAUAUCCCAUGAUUCCUGGCGAUGGAUCUUCCGCCUUAACUUACCCCUAACGGCAUUGACCACCUGUUGUGUGAUAUUCAUCAUGCCGCUGAAGAAGGUCCAGGGGGAUUGGAAGGUGAAACUUAAUGCUGUCGACUUCGUUGGUAUUGCCCUCGUUUUGGCCGGAAUGUCUGUCUUUAUGCUAGGCUUGACGUGGGGUGGAUCUGAAUAUCCCUGGCAGUCGACUGCUGUCAUAACCACUUUAGUGAUCGGAUUUCUGCUUUCGAUCGCCUUCGUUCUGUGGCAGUGGCGCGGGCCAAGGUAUCCCCUAGUACCUCUGCACAUUUUCAAGUCUAGGAUCGUUAAUGGUGCUUGCAUUACCAUGGCUAUCAACGGCUGGAAUUUCGUGGUACAAGUUUACUACAUUCCCACCUUCUACCAACUCGCCUACGGCUAUUCAGCAACGAAAGCUGGCGCCAUGCUGUUGCCAAUUACUUUGGUUCAGACAUUCAGCAGCACGCUUUCUGGUCUAAUUGUACACUGGGUUGGGAGGUAUCGCGAAUGUAUCUUAUUUGGCUGGAUCUGCUGGGCUGUUGGGCUUGGUUUGAUGUCAACUCUUGACGAACAUUCCGGUCUCGGGAAGCAGAUUGGGUACGCGAUAAUCAUUGGGGUGGGCGUUGGCAACACGCUGCAACCUGCUUUAAUUGCUUGCCAGGCUGGCGUGGAUAGGCGAGAUAUGGCCGUUGUUACGUCCUUUCGCAAUUUUGUUCGAAAUCUCGGCGGCACAUUCGGUUUGGCUAUCUGUGGUACCGUCCUGAACAACAUUAUUUCAAGCUCGCUUUCGAGGAUCAGUUUCGACGAUGAAACAUUCCGGGAUCUCCUGAGCAACCCGCAGUCCUAUUUGUCUUCCCUCCCAGUCGAUGAAGCUCAGAGAAUACGUUCUAUUCUUGUGCCUGCGUAUCGGUCUGGCUUUAGAGUAAUAUUCCUUGUGGGCGCUUCAUUAGCGGCCUUCGCGUUUAUCAUUGCGUGGUUUAUGAUGCCCCAGGUCGAGCUCGCACGUCCCGACGACGAAAAGCUCAAGGAAGAGGGACGGAGAGAGUACGCCGCCAAGAACAAGAGCUCAACUACUCAAUAGGCAACUUAUGGCGACUCAGAAACUGACACUCAAGUACAAUGAAGUAAUGUUGGCGAUAUGCUGAGACUGUUAAUGCGAUGAGAAUUGAACGAUCGUGCAUUACAAAUUAAUAGAUGGCACUGUUGCAGGAAACUCAUACUUCGCUCCCUAGACUUGGGGGAUUUUCUGCGGUAAAUAAAUUCACCGGAUACUGCUAAAACUCCUCCAUAAUCAAGGUCUUCGACUCUGU